CUUCAGUUAUGGCCGAAAAAAGUAAGACAGGUUUCUUCAGAAACUAUAAUAGAAAGGAAAAGGAAAGAAAAAUUCAUUUGGAAGAAAAGGCGAGAAAAUUAGAAGCGAAACUGAAAGACCAUGAUGAAAAUUGCCAACCGAAAAUCCAUGAUCUGGAAGAAGAAAUACAAAGACUUAAAGAAGAAAUAACAAGACUUGAGGAAGAAAUAGAAAAACUUGAUAAAGAAGCCAAUACCCUGCGAGAAAAAAUCAAAACGUUGGAGAUGAAAAACGGAGACUUAGAAGAGAGCAACACAUUCCUUGAAAAGGAAGCCAAUGAAGUCAAAGGGGAAGUCGGAAAGUUGAAGAAAAAGUUUGAGCUUUCUGAAGAUGAGUUGGUUAUUCGGCAACUCUGUUCAAGCGUUCAGGAAAACCUCUUGAGGAUUGUGCUGCAAGAAAAUUUCAACGAAAUUCAGAACAAAAGGACUCGGUAUAUGGAAGAAUACAUUUCAUCGCAAAUUAAAGACAAAGGUGAACGAAAAAGAGCAAGGUUAAGAUGGAAAGAUUUAAAAAAGGAGGUUGACUGGAACGAAUUUUUGAUAAAACAGCUAAAACCGGUUAAAACAAGUGGGAACGAAACUGCUCAUCCACCUUUGACAGAAGAGGUCAUAAAUGCCGCGAAAAACAAAUUGGAAAAAAGGAAGAAGUUAGGACCGGAAAUGGUCAAGGCAGUAGAUCAACUAAAAGAGAUAUGGGAAAAAACAAACCAAAAGCUAACGCAAGGAACAAGCUUCCAAGAUAAAGCCGGUCUUAGCACUUCAAGUCUGUCCCUGCCCGGAACUAGCCAUGGCAAUGCCCUGUCGGGACACUCCUCCUUUCACAAAAAAAUUAGAGGAAAAUCUCUCUCACAACCCAACAUUUUUUGGAGGGACUAAGCCGCAUAGUUACCAGACUACUGCAUAAAAAAAGGCCGCAUAAAAAGACUGGAAAGCUCAAAAAAACAGCCCCAUAUUUUCAUAACAGUAGUAGUGUAGGGAUGGCACGACCCCUUUUUGGGGUGGGCUAGUGGUGAGCUAGCGGUGGGCUAGUGGUGGGCACAUUAAUUAUUCAUCAAAUAUUAGCAUAAAGCGACGGGUAGGUAUUGUUUCGGGUUACCAUGGAGACCAAUUGACGUCAUAAGAUUAUUGUUGACCGGAAUGAACAAGUCUUUGUUUCAGGAAUAAUGGGCCAGUGAUGGCACAUCCAUUGUUUAUUAAAUCGUUACCAUAAAAUGA